GAGCGGGCGGGGGGGGGCGGGCGCGGGGCCCCGAUCCCGGGCCCCGGCAACGGGAAGGGGGUGCGGGGGGCCCCGCGGGACCCCGGCCCCGGCCUGGCCCCGACCCCCAGCCCGGCCCCGGCGCGGGGGGAUGCGGGGGGCGGCAUGAAGUACAGGAACCUGGGUAAAUCCGGCCUGCGCGUGUCCUGUCUGGGGCUCGGCACCUGGGUGACAUUCGGGUCCCAGAUCUCAGAUGAGACGGCUGAGAGCGUCCUCAGCAUCGCCUACGAGCGCGGCAUCAACCUCUUUGACACAGCCGAGGUCUAUGCCUCCGGCAAGGCCGAGAAGACCUUGGGCAACGUCCUGAAGAGCAAAGGCUGGCGACGCUCCAGCUACGUGGUCACCACCAAGAUCUACUGGGGCGGGCAAGCAGAGACAGAGCGGGGCCUGUCCCGGAAGCACAUCAUUGAGGGCCUGCAGGGGUCGCUGCAGCGCCUGCAGAUGGACUAUGUGGAUGUUGUCUUUGCCAACCGCAUGGACGCUGCCAGCCCCAUGGAAGCCUCUGACCCGAGCUUCCGCCUCCUGCUGCUGGAAGAGAUUGUCCGGGCCAUGACAUACGUCAUCGAUCGGGGCAUGGCCUUGUAUUGGGGCACAUCGCGCUGGAGUGCUGUGGAGAUCAUGGAGGCCUACUCGGUGGCACGGCAGUUCAACCUAGUGGCACCAGUGUGCGAACAGGCUGAGUACCACCUCUUCCAGCGCCACAAGGUGGAGAGCCAGCUGCCCACUCUCUACCACCACAUCGGGGUGGGGGCUGUGACCUGGUCGCCCCUGGCCUGCGGGCUUAUCACCGGCAAGUACGAGGAGCGGGUGCCUGAGAACUGCCGUGCCUCCAUCAAGGGCUACCAGUGGCUGAAGGAGAAGGUGCAGAGCAAGGAUGGGCAGCACCAGCAGGCCAAGGUCAAGGAGCUGCAGCCACUUGCCACACGCCUGGGCUGCACUGUAGCCCAGCUGGCCAUUGCCUGGUGCCUGCGCAGCGAGGGCAUCAGCUCUGUGCUCCUGGGCGUGUCCAGCGUGGAGCAGCUCCUAGAGAACCUGGGCGCCGUCCAGGUGUUGGCCCAGCUCACAGCGCCAGUGUUGCAGGAGAUGGAGGCGUUGCUGGGCAACAAGCCAACCACCAAAAAGGAGUCCCGGGCGUAAGGACACGGCGCUCGGGGCUGGACCCGCCAGUGUCCCUGCCCCCCUGGCCCCUGGAUUGGCUGUCACUUCGUGCAUGAGCCUCCAUCCCCCACCUGUACCGCUCUGGAACCGGGCAAGCAGCCCGGUUCCCCAAUGGGAGCUGCUUGCACGGCGGAAUUGGCCCCACCUCCAUUCCUGCUUGCCUCUUAAAGGGGUGGCGCCCUCCAUGGGGUUGAAACCCACCUGCAGGGUAUCCCCUGCCAGUAUCCCACAAUCCCUUGCUCCACCCUCUGCUGGUAACUCAGGGUACUGCGGCAGCAGAGGGGACUCUGGGUUUUCCUCCUCUGACCAAAGGACACUUCCCUAUUUAUUACUAUUUAUAUUAAUUUACUCAUUGUAGUUUGCAUAGCUUUCAUUUGCACAUUUAAUAUACAUAUUUAAUUUACAUGCCCCACCCCCUGGUUUGCCACCUUCCAGCUUCAGAGCCCGCCCAUUUUUAUUGCUCCAUCCCCUUGCCCUUACCCCAGUACCCCUCCCCCUGAUUUGCCCCUUCCUCCUAUAUCCUAUCCUGAUUUACAUAGCCCCACCCCCCCCCUCUUCCAGCAGAGCCAUCUAUUCCUUAAAGCAAUAAGGCCCCGCAGGGCCCCCAUUAUGGCACAACCCCUGGCCCCCUACCCCGGGCAGACAGAUGCUGCCGAAUGUCACUUCGAUGAGGUUUACUCUGUAAAUAAACCAGCUCUUUCACCA